AGUAAUUCACUUUCAUGGGCGGUUCAUUGAGUUUUUCCUCCAUUGUCAACAAAAUCAUCAGAUACGCGGUAUAUAUUAACUAGUAACUAUUUACAAAGGCUGAAGAUUCAGCAGGAAUUUUGGUUAAAUAGAUAAAAUAAAGGAUAUUGUUGACAAAAUGAAUGUGACUUUAGCUGUUAAACAGUAUGUCACCAAAAUGAUAGAGAGCAGCGGACCAGGAAUGAAGGUUUUGCUCAUGGAUAAAGAAACGACCAGCAUUGUGAGUAUGGUUUACACACAAUCCGAGAUCCUGCAGAAGGAGGUCUACCUGUUUGAGCGGAUAGACUCACAGAACCGUGACAGCAUGAAACAUCUGAAGGCCAUCUGCUUCCUGAGACCAACCAAGGAUAAUGUAGAGAAUCUGAUUCAGGAGCUGCGACGUCCCAAAUACAGCGUCUACUUUAUUUUUUUCAGUAAUGUCAUCAGUAAGAGUGAAGUGAAGGCCUUGGCAGAAGCUGAUGAGCAGGAGGUUGUUGCAGAGGUGCAGGAGUUCUAUGGAGACUUCAUUGCUGUGAAUCCUCAUCUGUUCUCCCUCAAUCUACAAGGAGUAUCCAGGGGUCGCAGUUGGGAUCCCAGUGUUCUUCCACGUGUCACUCAAGGUUUGACCUCUGUGCUGUUGGCCUUAAAGAAGUGUCCCAUGAUUCGCUACCAGCUCUCCUCUGACAUGGCCAAGAGACUGGCUGAAAGUGUUAAGCAAAUCAUCAGCAAGGAGUAUGAACUGUUUGACUUCAGGAAAACCGAAGUUCCCCCUCUUCUGCUGAUUCUGGACCGAAGUGAUGAUGCGAUCACACCCCUCCUUAACCAGUGGACAUAUCAGGCAAUGGUUCAUGAGCUGCUUGGCCUCAACAACAACCGAAUAGAUCUGUCCCGAGUGCCUGGCAUCAGUAAAGACCUGAGAGAGGUGGUGUUGUCUGCAGAGAAUGAUGAAUUCUAUGCCAAUAACUUGUACCUGAACUUUGGUGAAAUUGGAACAAACAUUAAAAACCUGAUGGAAGACUUUCAGAAGAAAAAGCCAAAGGGCCAACAGAAACUAGAGUCCAUUGCUGACAUGAAGGCGUUUGUGGAUAACUACCCGCAGUUUAAGAAGAUGUCGGGCACAGUCUCCAAGCAUGUGACGGUGGUGGGCGAGUUGUCUCGGCUAGUCAGUGAGAGGCAGUUAAUGGAGGUAUCUGAGGUGGAGCAGGAGCUUGCAUGCCAGAAUGAUCACUCUAGCGCCCAGCAGAAUGUGCGGCGUAUGCUGCAGAACCCACGUUUGACGGAGCUUGAUGCGGUGCGUCUGGUGAUGCUAUAUGCUCUGCGCUAUGAGAGACACAGUAGCAGCAUCCUGCCCAGUCUCUUGGAAGAGCUAAACAGGAGAGGGGUGUCUGAAAAAUAUCGCAAGAUGGUACAAGCCGUGAUCGAGUACGGAGGCAAACGGGUCAGAGGAAGUGAUCUCAUUACUCCUACAGAUGCUGUGGCCAUCACCAAACAGUUUUUCAAAGGACUCAAGGGUGUUGAGAAUGUCUAUACCCAGCACCAGCCCCUGCUGCAUGACACACUGGAUCAGCUAAUUAAAGGCCGUUUGAAGGACAGUCAGUUUCCCUACCUCGGGCCGAGUUCUCUGCGGGACAGGCCACAGGACAUCAUUGUGUUCAUCAUCGGAGGCGCCAUGUAUGAAGAAGCACUGACCGUGUACAACCUGAACCGCACCAUGCCAGGAGUUCGCAUUGUGCUUGGAGGAACAACCAUUCACAACACCAAAAGCUUCCUGGAGGAGGUGACAUUAGCAGCUGGCUUGAGUCAUGGGGGAGACAGGGGGUCACACGGAGCCGGGCAUCCACCAACCAGGCGCUGAACACCCAUCAAUAGUUCUCAUAUUAAUAUGAUACAGUGCUGUGUGUGCUCGGAGCUGAAAGCUACUUUCAUGUAUCCAUCCCACUCAUUGCAUACAUUCCUCUCUCCAAUGUCCAGAAUAUACCGUAUUGUGAGUCGAAGAAAGACUUGAUAUGAUUCUUGUGUCCAAAAUAAGAGAAAGUGUUUUGUACGUGUGAGUUACACUAAAGAUCAGCGAUGUUUAUUAAUGUGAUCACUAUGACUGCUUAUGACUGCGCUACAACAACAAGAACACAAUAAGCCCCUCCCAAAACCUGACUGUACAGCCUGUAUAUUGUGUCUGACCUGCUGUGUGUAAAUAAGGUAGUUACCCAUGUUCGUCCAGUGAAAACUAAAAUUAUAGGCAUCUGUAUUCAGACCGUGUCUUUUAAUAGACAGACUGCAGAUAUAUAAUGAUAUGAGGACUUAUCAGAACGGUCUGUCUCCGUGUUGGUGUGGCCCACAUUACAUUUUACAGAUACACAUGUAUGCAGAUACACAUUUUACAUUAAUGUUUCUAAUGCCCACGUGUACAGAGAUGCAUAUUCUCCCUUCUGAGUCAAAACUGGACCUUAACUGCAAACAUGUUUUUAAAAAGAUAACUGUAUGCAUAUGUAAUGCUGGUGUAAUUUAUUAAACAGCUUAUUUCUGUAAUGGA